AUGGCUGACAUUUCGGCAAAGACAAGCAUGUCAUACUCACAAGGCAGUACAGGGUCAAAUGGAAUGGCCUACAAUAUGCUGAAUGCUUCCCAAUCCCUCUCGUCCACCCCUCGCGCCACUCCUCCGCCUCCGAAAGGAUCGCAGAUGUCCUCCUUCGGUUACACCAAUGGACUCUCGCGAAGCUUUAGUGGAUACGAUGGGUCCAACGACUACGGAUCUGUAAUGUCAUUUCAGGAGGAGUAUAAGCCGCAGAUUUACCGAGCUGUUUACUCGAAUAUCGCCGUCUACGAGAUGGAAAUGAACGGGGUUGCUGUGAUGAAGCGUCGGUCCGAUUCUUGGCUUAAUGCCACACAAAUUUUGAAAGUCGCAGGUGUUGUGAAAGCGAGACGAACGAAAACCCUGGAGAAGGAAAUUGCGGCUGGUGAACACGAGAAGGUACAAGGCGGCUACGGGAAAUACCAGGGGACUUGGGUCAAUUAUCAACGGGGCGUCGAACUGUGCAGAGAGUACCACGUUGAAGAAUCACUCCGGCCAUUGCUGGAGUAUGAUAUGAACCCCGACGGGGCCCCUGCCCAUGGAACGAUAGAUACACCCACCAAAGAACAAGCAAUGGCAGCCCAGCGCAAACGGCUUUAUAAUGGCGGUGAUAAUCGCAGCGCAUCGCAGCCGCAGCAGGGCACGUUCUUCCAAAACAUCUCACGUACCGCUGCUACCGCCGUCAAUGCUCUCAGCAAGGCACGCUUCGACUCUCCCAGCUCUAACAGUCGCCGGCCUAGUAUGGCUCGCAAGCCCUCGCAGCAAAUGAGCAGCCAGGAAUCUGGGCAUCCGUUUGGCAGCCAGCAGAGCAUGUACAGCAUGUCUGACAGUGGAUUCGGAAGUCUGCAAAAUCGAUACCAGCCGCAAGAGGACAACGAGGAUCUUGUGGAACCCCCACGCAAACGCAUGCGCUCUACUUCACACCAUGGUCCAUCUAUCGGCCUCGCACGUGAACCAUCUAAUUUAUCCAUGCAUGACGCCACACCGACAGAACCUAAUGACUCCUUCUACCAAGACAUGGAUAUUCCUCCCCCUCCUAUGGAUGAUGGCUCAAAGCGCGGAAUCGAGUCCUUGGCGCCUGCUUCUACCCCGGAGAGGUUCCAGAGGAUGAAACUUAUAAUGACAUUGUUCCUUGACAAGCGCACGAAAGACUUUUCAAAUCACCCAGCCUUGGUACAGCUGACUGGGGAUGAUCUUGAAAUUCCUCUUGACGAGUACCGGAACAAUGCCCUGCAUUGGGCUGCAAUGCUUGCACGCAUGCCACUGCUCCACGCACUGGUAGCCAAGGGUGUAAGCAUAUCGCGAGUGAACGGUGCUGGAGAAACAGCGCUGCAGAAGUCUGUGGGAACUCGGAACAAUCUUGAUUAUAGGAGCUUCCCGCGGUUGCUGCAGGUGCUAGCCCCUACUAUUGACAUGGUCGAUUAUAGCGGACGUACUAUUCUGCAUCAUAUCGCCAUGAUGGCUGCUACUGGUGGUGGUGGACAUGUUUCUGCAAAGCACUACCUGGAAGCCCUUCUUGAGUUCAUUGUACGACAUGGCGGUAUUGCGCCAACUGCAAACGGCGACCAUGCACCAAACGGCAACUCGAGCGGCGAAGUUAUCUCUCUGGGGCGGUUUAUCUCUGAAAUUGUCAAUCUCCGCGAUGAUCAGGGCGACACGGCCCUCAAUCUGGCGGGACGUGCCCGUUCCGUCCUUGUACCGCAACUCUUGGAAGUCGGUGCUGAUCCUCACAUUCCAAACCAUACUGGCCUUCGGCCUGCAGAUUACGGUGUGGGUGUCGAUAUGGUCGAUGGAAACUCCCAAUCUCAACAAGCGGCCAAUCGAAAUGACACAUUCAUUGAUCAAUUGGCAAAGUCGAAGAAAGAGAUUCUCGAUGCGGCAAUGUCCCAAAUUAGCGCAAUGGUUGAGGAGACACUCGGAGGAAUUGACCGAGAAUUGGCCUCUAGCUUGACCAAAAAGCAAGAAAGUUUCGACCACUGGCACACAAAGAUUCGCGAAUCCGCCAAAGCGCGGCAGAUCGAACAGAAACAAUAUGACGAUCUUAGACGCAAAAGUUCUGAGCGUGUGGAACUUGAUCGGCGCAUCAAAAAUCUAGAGCGUUCUUCGGAGGGCCUGUUGAUUACAGCGCAGAACACACCGGGACUAGACGCUACGAGAACGGUUAUUGUGGGUGAUGCCGACCGAGAUUCUGGAGUUGAUAUUGCGACCUUUGACACUCUGUUUCCGGAUGGCUUCAGUCCAGCAUCCGGGUUCUCAGAACAGCAAAUUGCUUUCCUGAAUACACUCCCAGCAACAGAUGUUCUCCGGCGCCAGGCCCACUGCUAUAAAGAAUUUAAUGGAAGUAUACUUGCCGAAGUCGAUGGCCUGAAAGCAAAGAACGCAGUUCUUGGCCAGAACUACCGUCGCAUGGUCAUGGCGUGCACAGGCUGGACGGCGGAGCAGGUAGAUGAAGCCGCGGAAGGGCUGACACAAUGUGUCAAGGAACUGAAUGAUAAUCCCGUUCCCGAGGACGAGGCCAUUGAGAUCUUGAUGCGAGAUCGUGGGCAGGACUGGUAG